AUGGGUAAUAAUCCAAGCACGACAACAUCGUCAUCGAGAUCCGUUCGAAUCUCCAAUCUCACUGCUGUGACGAACUCGGAUGGAUCGUCGAUUUCAAAUAAGGAAGAUGUAACAUUGAUCUGGUUGGAUAAAACGAUCGAUGCAUCGCGUACGACAUUGCGUGAAAUCACAAAUUUCGUUGUUUUGUACACAGAACUUGAUCCAUGCAUUGCAUAUAUCCGUUCGAUAACAACCGAACGGAUCUUUCUUAUUGUUUCCGGUUCCUUUGCAGGUCAAUGUCUGGAACAAAUCCAUGAUUUAGAACAAGUUGAUUCGAUAUUCAUAUUUUGUAUGAAUCUGACUAAGUACAAGACGGAAUUCAUUGACAACAAACAAUAUUCGAAGUUAGUUGAUGUUUUCGAUAAAGAAGAUCAAUUGCUUCGUUCGAUUCGGGAAGAACUGAAUGAUUUACGUAAGCAAUUAGCGACGUACAGUUUGUAUGAAAAUCAGAAGACUACGCGAGAUCUCUCGAGUGAAUCCGCUUCAUUUCUUUGGUUUCAAAUAUUCAAAGACGUUCUUCUUCAAAUGCCCAAAACGGAACAAUCAAAAAACGAAAUGAUCGAACAAUGUAAACGAUUCUAUCGCGGAAACAACGAAGAGUUACAACUAAUCAAAGAGUUCGAACAGAAAUAUACCGAAUCAGAUACGAUCUAUUGGUAUACGAAACAGUGUUUCAUCUAUCGAUUAUGCAACAAAGCCUUACGAACAGAAGAUAUUGAGUUGUUGUAUAUCUUUCGAUAUUACAUUCAAGAUCUAUGUAAACGGUUAGCUGUUGAGUAUGAAUCCUAUCGAAUCGAACGUGAGAAGGAACCGAUUGUUAAACUCUAUCGUGGUUUGAAACUAACUAAAGACGAAUUGACGCGAUUUCAAGCGAAUAUUGGCUCUCUGAUAUCGACGAAUGGGUUUUUAUCAACCAGUCGAAACUAUGAUCUUGCUCUGCAAUUCGCAGUGAAAAAAUCGAAGCGGGCUGUUGAUGUGUCACCGACUUUAUUCAUUAUCGAAGCAGACACACGAAUUCCUCAUGCCAUUUUUGCAGAUAUAUCUUCGUUGAGUGUCUAUCCUGACGAAGAAGAAGUUCUAUUCGAUAUUGACUGUGCAUUCAAAAUCACUGAGGUCUAUUUUGACGACGAAAACAGCGUUUGGAUCGUUAAAAUGAAGCUCACUGACGAAGCACGGCAAGUGGUCGAAACCUACAUCGAAGCGAAUCGACGUGAAAUGGAAAAAGGAAACAUUUUCCUCAUCUUUGGCUUACUACUAACCGAAAUGGGUCAGUACGAUGAAGCACAGUAUUAUUUCGAAAGUCUGCUCGCUUCCAACACAGUGGACGACAAAAUCUCCCUGUAUACGAAUAUCGGUCGAGUGAAAUAUUUGAAGGGGUUGUUUAGCAACGCACUGAAAGACUUCAAAGUCGUUUACGAUUUACAAUGCCGUGAAAAGCCGCGGAAUGAAAUCGACUUUGCUCGAACAAUGAAUAAUCUGGCGAUGAUCUAUAUGGAACAGAAAAAGUACGAUUUAGCAUUUGAUUAUCUAUUUGAUGCGAUUAAAAUCUAUAAAAGAUACCCAGACGUUGACAAACUACUUGUUGCAAAGACGGAUAAUGUUAUCGGGGUCAUAUACACUUAUAAACAUGACUAUGAUAAUGCUUUGAAAUAUUUAUUUCGUGCAAUGAAAUUCUACGAACAAAAUCUAUUAACAAUCGAUCACCCAUUGAUGGCAACGAAUUAUAAUAGCAUUGGUUUGGUUUAUUAUCAUAGAAAGGAUUAUCAGCAAGCGAUGGAAUAUUGUUUGAAGUCGCUUCGAAUUCGCGAGAAAAUCUUGCCGGUCAAUCAUUCAGAUAUCGGUGAUAGUUCGAAUAAUCUCGCUCUUGUUUAUCAAAAGAAUCAAGAAUAUAAACAAGCAUUGGAUCUGUUUAAGCGUUCAUUGGAUAUCUAUUCGAAACAUCCCGAGAAAAAGAUGAAUAUACCAGUAUGUUACGGUAACAUCGCGUUGUUAUUUAUUGACGAGCAGAAGUAUGAUCAAGCGAUUGAGUAUCAUUUGAAAGCGUUGGAAUGCUAUCAAGAAAAUGACGCGGACAAGUAUCAUGAAGAGAUCAGUGAUGUGUUAGAUAAUCUCGGUACGACAUAUGAAACGAAAGGCGAUGUUGAACAAGCAUUGAAGUAUUACAAGCAAACUCUACAAUAUCCGAAGAAAUUCGUUCAAAUGUCUUUCAAAAUCGGUAACAUCUAUCAGAAACAAGGAAACUACAAACGUGCGUUAGAUUCUUAUUUAAAAGGAUUAGAUAAAAGUGAGAAUUGCACAGAUGAUUUACUAGCUAGAUUACUUAUGUCAAUUGGACUUGUUUUUCAUCAACAGAAUGACUACGAACAUGCACUCGAUUACUACAAACGAACGUUAUCAAUAUUCAAACAUUCACAGCCAAGCAAUGAACUCGAAUUAGCUUGGUUGUAUAACAAUCUCGGUUGUCUAUACACUGAUCUCGAUGAUCUUCAUCGCGCGCUUAAAUAUCAAGAAAAAGCCUAUCAUAUACGGAGUAAAUCUUUACUAUCAACUCAUCCAGACAUCGCCACGAGUUUAACAAAUCUGGGUCGUAUUUAUCAAAAACUAGCUCACAAUUCUCAACAUAAUGAUCACGAAGUACAACAAGCAUAUGAAUAUUAUCAAGCCGCUUUGAAAAUUCGACAAGAAUCAUUAUCUGUAGAUCAUCCUGAUAUCGCCGUUUCACAUUAUAAUCUUGCUGUGAUUCAUAUUGACCGGCAGGAUUAUAAACAUGCAUAUGAAGAAAUUCGACAAGCACUCGAUAUUCAGAAAAAAAUUUAUCCCGAAAAUCAUCCACAACUGGAACAAACGUUAAAAGUAGAAAGACAAAUCACAAUGAUGCUGGAUUAUUGUAGAAAUUAG